GCCGGCAAUGGCAAGGCGCCUGCUGGUGGGCUGGCAGACUUUGCGCGGAAGCUGCGCGCUGCGUGGCAGAUAUUCUUCCCGCCGCCGGUCAAGGACAUCAGCCCCAAGGAGGAGGGCAAGAACCGCCUGCGCAUGAUCCUGGUCGCCGACAGGUGCGGCAUGAACCCGGCGAGCCUGCACGACAUGAAGCACAGCAUUGUGCGCGCUGUGCAGGACUACGUCGACAUCGAGGCCGAGGAACUCAUCGAGGUGAACAUCUCCACGGAUGUUGACCUGGGCACGAUCUACUCGGUGGCGCUGCCUAUAAAGCGCGUGAAGCCGGUGGCGCGCGUCCCCAUGGAGGAUGACGUGGAUGUGGACGGCAUCACUCUGCGCUGGGAUUCCGACGACCCCGAGUCAGACCCGUCCUCCGAAUUUCCCUUCGGCUGCUGA